UUCGUCGUGUCAUGAAGUAUUUCUGUGAAGCUUAAUUUGUUAUUUUAAAAGGAAUUAAGGUUAAUCAUGUUUGAUUUCAUUUCAUUCAGCAGCUACUGUUUAGUAGGUGUUUCAACACUGCUUAUUUAUUUUUUGUGGUUCAUCAAAGAUAAAGGGUAUUUGUACUGGAAAAGAUAUUGGAUUUCUUUGAUUUCUAUACAUUUCUCCAAAGCAAAAUUACAAAGAAGAUUGUCAGAAUACAAAAAUUUAAAAAGAAAUAAAUUAUCGCCUGUUGAAAUUGGCUUUAUUCCCUCUGCUUUUGAAUAUGAAAUUGAAAAUCCUUGCCAGAAGAAAAUGAAACAUUGUGAUGGAGUGCACUUUAUUGGAACUGAUUCUGAAGGAAAUAUAAUCGAUGUCUGCAUCAACAAAAUACAAGAGAAUAUGGCUACAGUUUGGGUUUUUCUUAGACUUUCCAAUGGAGAACUGUACAAACUAUCUUACAACUGUGAUACUAGAAAACCUUACAUAGAUAAUGAAUAUUUAUUUCAUUCAUCUGGCUUGCAAAUAAGAUGCCUAACACCUUUGAGAAAAUGGCGUAUUUCUUUCAAUGGCUUACUCCAAAAACUUCAGAAGCAAGAGAGUGAAAAAGAAGAGGAACUGGAACUCACACAUGUCAGGUUUUCUUUCGUAUGGCUAGCAAUGUCUGUUGUUGAAGAUCUGAAUAUUGAUUUCAAUGCUAAAGAUUUAGCUGAAUCGAUUGCUAAUGCAUCUCAUGACAUCACUGCAGAAGAUAUCUCAUGCUUUACAUCAAUGCAGAACAGAUAUGAGCAAUGGGGGCAACUAAUGGGAACACUAAAUAUCAAAGGAAAGGACGAAAAAGAACUCUACUUAUGGUCAAUUAGAACUCGUAUCUUAGAUAUUCCUUUAUGGCAUAAAGAUACCAGCGUCGCGAAAUGUUACAUUUAUUUUAAGGAUGGUUUUCCACUAAAAAUAGAAACUCUUUCUGUCGAAGAUUUUAUAUCAAAUUAUACAUCUGGGUACAGCAUCGACGGUUUCAACAAAAGAUGCCAUAUCUCUAACUGUAAUAUCAGUUUAAAUCGCCUGAAAAGAAAGGAAUCAAAUCUAGAGUUUUCAUUUCAAUUGAAAGGAGGAGAAGAGAGAAAAUGUGCCAUUCAAUUUACCGGUAAAGGAGCAGAGUUUUACAUUGGUCCUGAUUUAGAGAAUUCCUUAUUGAUUAUCCCGUUCAAUGCCACUAUGAAUAAUUGCGAAGAAGGCUUUGGCAUUCUUCAUUUAAGUGCCAAACGGAAGGAUAGUUUGGUAUAUCCCCUUCAGUAUCCACCUAUUAUCCUAAAAGACAGAGGGCUUAGCAGUAGUAGUGAAAAAUUUAUUCUGUCUCUAACUGAUGAAGAGUGCAAAAGUUCCCGAAUUGCCGGAGGAAAAGGCUGUUCAUUGGCUUUAAUGAAAGAACUUUCAAAAAAGGAACCUGUGUUUGUUGUACCAAAAGGAUUUGUAAUUACUACAGCUGCAUUUGAGAACCAUAUUAAGACGCACAAUAUACUGAGUUACGCCAUUCAGCAUCUGUAUGAUGUAUCUUGCGAAAAAACAAGCGAAGACUUAAAAGAUGCAUGUGAAAAAUGCGUUGAAGAAUUUAAUCCACUAAAACUAUCAGACAACUUAAAAGAAGAACUUGAAAACAUUUUGUUGGGAGCUUUUGGGUCUUUGGAUGAUAGAAGAUUUUCUGUUAGGUCCUCAGCUUGUGGAGAAGACAGUGAAGACCUAUCUGCUGCGGGACAAAUGUUAACUGUUCUUGGUAUCAGAGGAAUAAAUAACAUUGCAGACGCUAUCAUUAAGUGUUGGUCCUCCAAAUUUUCAUAUGAAGCGGUACAAUAUGCAAGACAGAACGGUCAAUCUAUCAGAGAACCUAUGGCUCUUGUCAUCCAGGAAAUGGUCCCUGCAGAUUUCUCUGGAGUCCUAUUCACAGUGAAUCCAGUUACCGGAGAUCCAUCCCAUCCUUAUAUUACAGCAAAUUAUGGAUUAGGAGAAACAGUAGUAUCAUCAUUAGCUGAACCAGAUACUAUUAUCCUUCAAAGAAAAGCAAACAAUACAGUAUCUAUAUUUGAAAAAAUUAUUGGCUCUAAACAAACUCAAGUGUUCAUGAAAGUUGGUGAUGGAGUUGAACAGAAGAAUCUUACUAAUCAAUCUGAAGUUGCGUGUUUAAGCGAUGAAUGGGCUGAGGAGAUAGGUAAUGUUGGACUUCUGGUGGAGAGAUGUUUCUGUGGUCCCCGAGAUAUAGAAUGGGCUGUUCACAAGAAUAACUUAUUUUUACUUCAGGCUCGGCCAAUAACAACUUUGCAUACAGAAACAGAUUUUGAGCUGAUACAUGAUCAAGAUACUCCAAUAAAAUCAGUUCACGAAUACUGGACUAGGGCAAAUACAGGAGAAGUAUUCUUGGGAGCGUCUUCUCCACUCGCCCUUUCUCUUGUGGUUAGUGGAAUGGAUAUUUACGCACAUCGAGAUCACAUCCUAAGGAAUAAAGGAGAAUUUUGCCCCUAUUUUCUUCACAUUUUACCAGUAACACAUAAACAAGUGACAUUGAAUCUAGUUGAUACCCUGUUUGCUUCAAAUGAAAAGGAAAUAUCAACAAAUCAAAGGGCAUUUGAAGUUGGUCUCUUUGGCCGCAUAAUAGGAAAUGAAGUUAUGCACAAAGUUGGAGUUAAGAAAUAUGGAUAUAAAUCCAUGAAACGAAAAUUUUUAGAACCUAUUUUCAUUUUUUGGAUUUCAAUGAAAAUUUCAAAAAUAAUAAGAGAUGUGGAUCAAAAAUUGAAUUCAGAAUUUCCAUUGUUAACAUUAAAUACAGCUGCAGAUGUACUUAAUGAAAUACUCAAUCGUGUGAACUUUUAUGCUGAGGUAUUCGGGGUACAUCGGUUAACUUCAUUUUUAUCCCCUUUCUACAAUUUAAUUUUGAUGCGCAUUUUAUCAAAAGGAACUUCUGAAUGGGGCUCCGAACUCUAUGCUGAGUUUGCUAAUCUUCUGUCAUCUUGCUCGGAAGUCGAAAGUGCUGACGUUCCUAGGAGCCUUCAGGAAUUAGCAACAGCAAUUGCGAAAGAGCAUGGAAUGACAUUUUCAGCCCUACCAGUCAAUACUGCUUAUAAUGUACUGAAGAAUGAUAAAGGACCAGCAGGCAAAUUAUUCAAAGCCUUUUUAUCCAAACAUGGCCACAGAUGUGUGAAAGAGUUUGAUUUAUAUUCUGAAUCCUGGGGCAUGAAUCCCGAAAGUUUGAUACCUACACUUCAGAAUUUGGUAAAUUCUCCAAAUAUUUUAAACAUUCAAGAGAAGAAAGAAAUUUCUGUUCAUGAUGCUAUUGCUAAACUCAAAUUACCGCUCUCAAAUACACAUAAGUUAAUUUUGAAGUGGGUGUUACCGCUAUCUAGAAAAGCUGUUGGCGAUAGAGAAAAGUCUAAAUCAAUGGUUAUUAAAACAGUUGAUUGGAUGAGGAAGUCUUGUCAUCAACUAGGGAGACUGAUGGUUCAAGAAGGUUUGCUUCCAGAUAGCCAGCUGAUAUUUUUUCUUACAUCAGAAGAGAUUAGAGACUUAAUAAUUUCAAGGAAACCGGGAUUAGUUACAAAGGCAAUCAGAAGAAAACGUCUUCAUCCAAAACUAGAUGCCCUACAGUUCCCAGAAAUUAUUGAAGGCAUACCUAAACCAAUUGAACAAGAACAGGAAAGUCUUUCAAAGUAUUCAGAGUCCUUUACAUUAACAGGAACACCAGUGUGCCAAGGGAGAGUGAAAGCAAAAGCUAGAGUUGUUCUCUCUUUGAAGGAAGCUUCUACAAUACAGAAUGGUGAUAUACUUAUCACAAAUGCAACUGACAUUGGUUGGAGCCCAUAUUUUCCUCUUCUUUCGGGAGUUGUGACUGUUCUAGGAGGUCUUAUAUCACACGGUGCUGUUGUAGCAAGAGAAUAUGGUCUUCCAUGUGUUGUAGGAGUACAGAAAGCCACAACUGCUUUCAAAUCAGGAGAUACUGUAAUACUCGAUGGAACAAGUGGAACUGUUACCAAAGUGAUAGAAUGUUAAUCCAACGGAAACUGCAUAUAUCCUGCAAGGGCAGCCAGUUUAAUGACUGUGAUAAAAUAAUUUAUUUUACAUUUUACGUGGUUAAUAUACUCUAAAUUUCAGAAUUUUUAAUAAAAUUUGUAUAUUUA